AUGAGUGAUGAAGUCGAUAAAGCUCAAGAAGCAGUCGAAAGGUUUAAAAGACAAGGUUAUUUUGAUAAGAUUAAACAGGAUAUUUUAAAUAAGCAACUCUAUGAAGAAUCUAAUUUAUCUGUACAAGAGAUGAUUAGAGACAAGGUUGGUAAAAUUGUCAAAGAUAUGGUUUCUGAAGAUGAGAAUUUGAUAUUUAAGAAUAGAGGUUCUACAAGUGCUUUGAUAGAGGCUCAGAUAUUUAAAGAUGGUUAUAAAAAAUUGCAAGAAGGUGAAAAUGGAAUAAAAUUAGACGAAUACAUUGAUAACAGCCUUAGUGAUAAAAUUUUGCUGGAGGAUAUCAAAUCUAAAUUGUAUGGUUUAAUUGAAGAGGAAAAAUCUAAUUAA